UAAUAGGGAUUGACUAACACGCAUGUUAGUUACAAGUUUUACACCGUGGAUUUUGCAAUGGUUGUCUAUUUUGAAGCCAGAAUAGCUUCGGCCCACAUAAACACAGGCAGUCGAAGUUGACAUUCGAACCAACUGCUGCAAAACCAAACAUCCUUUCUUGCUCGCUUUCUCAGUCAAUGUUUCAUUGCCUGCAAAAAUCAAAAGCUAAUUGCAUUAUAGCCAAGGUGUUUAUUGCUGAAAUAUAUUCGUAUCAGUCCUCCCAAGCCAAGAUUCGUAAAAAUGAGUUUCGGCAUUGAACAAAAGCGUGCAUUUUUCGUGUUGGUGGUUUCAGUCCUCAUAAUUGGUUUUGCCAAUGGUGUAAAACUGGAAGCAUUUCCAAAGAUAUUGAACAGUUCAGGAGAUAACAUCACCUUGCGAUGGGAAGACAUAUCCUCUCCUUCAGGCAAGGACUGGGUGGGCAUUUAUUCCCCUCCCGACUCGGCAGAUGACCGCUUCAUAGGCUUCAUUUAUCUAUCCUCAUGCCCAAAUUGGAAAAAGGGUUCCUGUUCCAUAAAUCUUCCCCUUAUCAAUCUUAGAUCUCCUUAUGAAUUCAGAAUAUUUCAUUGGGACAAUUCUAUCAAUGCAAGACCUGUGCACGGCGAUCGCAAUCCCCUGCCCUCCACUGCUCAUUUCCUGGCCAAAAGCCAGUCUGUCACAUUUAGGAAUCUGAAUGAUCCAGCUCAGCUCCAUCUGGCAUUCACGUCCAAUCAAGACGAGAUGCGUGUCAUGUUUGUGACAAAAGAUGAUCUCAAAAGCUAUGUGCAAUAUGGGCUUGGAGAGGAGGGGCUGGAUGAGGUUGCAGAGGCUGUGUCCAUCACUUACAAGCAGUCGGACAUGUGUGAUGCGCCUGCUAAUACUAAUCUGGGAUGGAGAGAUCCGGGAUACAUUCAUGAUGCUGUUAUGCAGAGAUUGAAGCCUGGAAAGCGUUAUUUUUAUCAGGUAAGAUGCAAAAAGAUUUUUUUUGGGUCAUUAUUUGGCUCUUCAAGAGUUUCAUCUUUUGGGGUGUCGGGGAUGGAGAGAAAUACCAUUUUGCUUCUUGUGGUCAAAGAUAUGACAUCAUUCACAAAAUAGCUGAGCUCAAAUGGUAAUACAGGCUUGUAUAAUGGAACUCUGUUUCAUAUUCCCAGGAAUUAUGCUUAAGUGUUGAAAUUUGUUAAAAUACUGCUUCCAGCUUGUUAGGUGUGGCAUAAUCUGACAGACAAGGCCAGUCUCCAAAUAGAUAAUCCUAAGUCUUCAGCCAUAGCAUUUAAGCACAAUGUUAGCUUGCAAAGGGAAUUUAUCAAAUAAAAGAAAAGAUGCAUUUUCAUUAUCUGCAAGUCAUGAUGCAUCCACAUUCCAGAAAUAGCAAUUUCAAAUAUGAAGUGCUUAUGAUAACUAUGUGUAGAUUCAAACAGUGAGAAUUCGAUUGGAAGAUAGCAUUGUAUGUCAACUACUACAUGAGUAAAUCCAGAAGCGCUAUUAGGUGAAGAAGCAAAAACUACUGUACAGGAAAACCCAAAAGCACUAUUAUCUCAUUAUCAUGGACUGUGGAAAUACUAUGUCUCUCAUUGUCUAUCAAGUUGUGUGGUCCAGUGAUUGAUCAAGAUUUGAACAUGUUCUUAUCUUAUUUGCAUAUUUAGGAAUUUGCCUUCUUGUGUAUUGGGGAAGGGAAAAGAAAGGAAGGACAGCAUGGGAACAUACCCCAAAGUCAGCCAGCAGAGCCGGGAGCAAAACAACCCAGUGGCCUCAGAAAAGGAAACAGCCACAACCCAGCAAGUUCAUGGCCCUACAAGAGAAACAGCUGUCAAGUCACCAAAAGCAAGGGGAAAUAAAGGUUUUUCAUCUAAAAAAGAAAGGAAGGAAAUGUCCUUUUUAAAAACCUUGAUGCACUUUGCCCUAUGAUUCCAGCAAAUUCAACCGUGCUUAGACUUUGGGUUAACAUUAUGCUUAUAGGGCAACAAAGGAUUCUCACUAUUUGAUGCAGUCAGAGAUAAAGUGCAAUACUAAUUUGCUUCAUCUGAUAACAAAAGUGACUUUAUUUUCUUCAAUUCAUCAUUCAUUCAUACUACAGGAAUUUCAGGCACCCACACAUUCCUUGAUGCAAACCAACUCCUCAGGAUUAGGAGGCAGGACAAACUGAUUCCUCAGAAUCAGGAGGUAUGUUGAAUUGUAUAUGCUAAAUUUAGAAGUGGUUUUUAACCAUUCAGGCUUUUGGGGUAGAGUGGUCAUGUGGAUUCUAUUUUUAGAUUGUUAGUAAUAAACUAGGAGAUGGGGAUAAGCCGAAUGAAGGUAAAAACAAAAAGUGGAAGAUAUAUAACGAUUUAGAAUUCAG